AGUUACCUGUUGGACGGUUCUAUCCAUUCUCUUUCCCGCUCUUGCAGUUACUCCUAAAAGGGAAGCCGCAGACCGCAAGCCUUUUCCGAAAAAGUGGUAAGGCUCAAAACCAUAGAGCCUUAUGGCUUCCGCAGUCUGGGGGAGUGCCCCCUGGUGGGGCCCGCCGCCCCCAGCCCCAGCCCGCCCGCUCACGGACAUCGACUUCUGCUCUGGAGCGCAGCUGCAGGAACUAACCCAGCUUAUCCAGGAGCUGGGUGUGCAAGAGAGCUGGAGUGACGGGCCCAAGACGGGACGAGACCUUCUCCAAGCCAAAGACUUUGUUUUCUCUUUACUCAGUCUCGUUCACCGCCGCGAUCCCCGCCUUCCUUCCCAAGCAGAGCUCUUGCUGCUUCGUGGCGGGAUUCGCGAGGGCUCCGUGGAUCUGGGGCCUUCACCCCUAGGGCCCUACGCUCGGGGACCUCACUACGACGCUGGCUUCACACUUCUGGUGCCCGUGUUUUCUCUAGAUGGCACUGGGCAGGAGCUGCAACUGGACAUGGAAUCCUGUUACGCCUGGCUCUGCCUCCCACCAGUGAUGCACUCAGUCCGAAAGGCGUGGCAGGGUUGCCUAGGACCCCCAGUCCCAGGCAAACGUGAUUUGACCCACCAAACCGAAAGCGAAGAAACCCCCAAGGACCAGCCUCACGGUUACGUCACUGAGCUUGAGCUCUGUGUGUCUUCAGAAAAAUCACCUAGUAACGACUCGGGGCCCGAGUCGCCUCAGCAAGACGUAAUCGAUCUUGGGUUUCCUGCACCACUGAAUGGUGACGUCACCAACGCAGCCUCUGGUAGUUCUGCCCCCCAACCGUCGGAGGCUCCGGAGGCGUGGCCUACAUUGUGCCCUGCCAAGGUGGCUGUGUGGUUCUUUGCUAUUCUGGCUGAGGUCGCCCAGUCCCUGAUCCCGGUCCCGGGUGCCCCGCGCUUGGUUCACGCAGCCCGCCACGCGGGGUUCACAACCAUCCUCCUGGCUACGCCGGGGCCCCCACGCCGCCUCCUGCUUUUCGACCUGAUCCCUGUGGUGUCUGUGGCUGGCUGGCCCGAGGGGGCUCGGAGCCAUUCGUGGGCCGGGCCGCUGGCCUCCGAGUCGUCCUCUUUCUAUCUGGUGCCGGGCGGCGACAUAGAGCGGCCGGGCGCUUCCGGCUGGCAGCUGUGCUUCGCCCGCCAGGAGCUGGCGCUCAAGGCGCUCAUACCUGCCCCGCUGCUGCAAGCGCACGCGGCUGCCCAGGCGCUGCUGCGCCCGCUGGUGGCCGGGACCCGGGCCGCGGCGCCCUACCUUCUGCGGACGCUGCUCUACUGGGCUUGCGAAAGACUGCCCGCGCUCUAUCUGGCGCGGCCGGAGAACGCAGGUGCCUGCUUCCUAGGGCUGCUGGAUGAGUUGGGCCGUGUGCUUGAGGCCGGGAUGCUACCCCACUAUUUUUUGAGCGGUCCAAAGCUCCGGGCAGGGGACAGUGCCGCUGCGCUGCUCGCGGCAUUGGCCCGGCUUCGUGGGGACCCUGCCCGGGCCCUGUCCGCCACAGUGGAGGAGGCCAAGGUUGCGCGCAGGGGGGUUGGUUUAGCUGGUGUGGGAGGCGGGGCCCAUUAAAGACUGUACC